UGGCCCGGUGCCCGCGCGGCUCCGAGUCUCCGACCAUCCGACGCCACCAAACCACGCGGGCACGAUGCGCUGCUCGCCUCAGCUCUCCCACCGCGACUUCGUCGCCGCGCUCUCCCGCUGCUCCACCCGCGCGCACCUCGAGCAGCUCCACGCCCACGCCUUCGUCGCGGGGCGCGGCGCCGCGCAGCCCACCACCUUCCACCUCCUCCGCUUCGCCGCGCUCCGCCUCUCCUGCCUCCCCUACGCGCGCCGCCUCUUCGACGCCACGCCCCACCCCAACGUCUUCCUCUACUCCGCCAUGCUCUCCGCCUACGUCUCCUCCGCCGCCUCGCACCAUUCCUCCCACGCGCACGCCCGCGACGCGCUCGACCUCUUCCUCCGCAUGCUCCGCCGCGGCCGCCCGGCGCCCAACCAGUUCGUGUACCCGCUCGCUCUCCGCGCCGCCUGCGCCGUCGGCGUCCGCCUUGUCAGGUCGAUCCACUCCCACGCCUCCAAGAGCGGCUUCUGCGAGUACGAUGUCUUGAUGACCUCGCUCCUCGAUGGCUACUCGAGGUACGGGAUGAUGGCCGACGCGCGCAAGCUGUUCGACGGUUUGACGGAUAGGAACGUGGUAUCUUGGACAGCGCUGGUGUCCGGGUACGCAAGGGCCGGGAAGGUUGGGGAUGCGAUCGUGCUCUUCGAGCGGAUGCCUGAGAGGGACGUGGCUGCAUGGAACGCAAUCAUCGCAGGCUGCACUCAGAACGGGCUGUUUAUGGAGGCUGUUGGGAUUCUGGGGAGGAUGGUGGGCGAGGGGUUCCGGCCAAAUGCAACCACAGUUUCUUGUGUGCUAUCUGCAUGUGGGCAUCUUGGGAUGCUGAAGAUUGGGAAGUUGAUCCACUGCUAUGCGUGGAGAACCUGUUGUUUUGGCUCAUCCGUUCUGAAUGGGUUGAUUGAUAUGUACGGUAAAUGUGGGAAUUUAAUGGGGGCAAGAUGGAUCUUUAAUGAGGUUUCAGACAGAAGCCUAACCACGUGCAAUUCUCUGAUCAAUUGUCUUGCACUACAUGGGCGCAGCAAGUGUGCAAUCGCUGUGUUUAAUGCGAUGAGGGAUGAGGGAGUUGAACCUGAUGUGGUUAGUUUCGUCGGACUGUUGAAUGCAUGCACUCAUGGAGGAUUUGUUGAUGAAGGCCUUAGAUACUUUGAAUUAAUGCAGCAUGAGCACGGAAUUGUGCCAGAGAUUGAGCAUUAUGGGUGUAUCGUUGACCUUCUUGGCCGGGCUGGACGAUUUCAGGAUGCACUGAAUGUUAUCAACAAUAUGAGGAUCAAAUCAGAUGAAGUCAUAUGGGGGUCAUUGCUAAAUGCAUGUAGAAUACACAGACAACUAGAACUGGCUGAGCUUGCAAUUCGGAAGUUGCUAGAGUUAGAUCCAAAUAAUGCUAACUAUGCGGUGAUGCUGGCAAAUGUAUACAGUGAAGGUGGCUUGUGGGAAGAGGUAAGGAAAGUAAGGAAGUCUGUGAAGGAGGAGAGUAUUGGCAAGAAGCUGCCUGGCUGUAGCUGGAUCGAGGUGGACCGCAAGACACACCGGUUUUACUCUGGUGAUGAUGCUCAUCCUGAGUCAGAGGAUAUAUAUGAUACUCUUGAUAAUUUGGCAGCCUCAAUGGAAUUGUGACAGAAUAUACUGCCUGUUAGCAAGUGACAAAAUAUACUGCCUGUUAGCAAUGUUUCCAGAAUUUUACAUAGCUGGAUCACUCUCAUAAUUUGGCUUUAUUAUUGGAAAGUAAUGCGCUUAACAUCUGUGCGGUAAACAAAGUGGGCUCCCCUAAGUUAAGCAUUUGGCCUAGUAACACAUUUAUUGGAGAUACCGGGAUACACAAGGUGUUCCAUUAAAGCCUUUUAUCAAGCUACUUGAUGGCAAGAGGUAGUUCUAAUGCCUGAACUGGACUGAACUUAUGUUCAGGAUUUUGCGCCUUUUUCUGUUUCAAAAUGCCAUCAUUAAUGCAAGAAGAGGAGUAAAAAAGGAAAUGUGAUGGGGGAAGCUGAAGAUGGACCCAAGAAGAUUGCCAUGUAUUUCCAUUUACUGGCACAGAAUGUAUGGAAUUUGGUUGCAGGUAUGGAAUUUGGUUGCAGAUGCUUCAGCAUCAAACAUGCUGUGCCCAACAGAAACUUUGGACUUGCAGCUGUGAUAGCUGUCCAGUAAACGUUGGAACGUAGCAUCUGCAACCAAAUGGAUGCAUGCAUUUUUGAUGUACAGCUUCUGGUGUUUAGUAACGUUGGAAGUGUCAACACAUAUUUCUUGGAACUUGGAUGAGCUGUGGUGCCAUUGUCCUAAGAAUAAUACUUGCGCCAUAUCUGCUUUAUUUUUUUUUAGCUUAGCUGGUGGGUUCUCUUUGGAUUUAUCCUACUGUCCCCAGUCUUUCCCUCCGAUUCAGGACUUCUCGUGUUAACUUAUUUAUCAAUUCAUUGUUUUCUUUCUUGAAGGGUAUCGAUUCAUUGUUGGUUCAUGUGUUCCCAUACAUGGAUCUUGUCUCCACAACUUGGUAAAAAGGGAUUCUUGGACUGAAGAGGAUGCUCGUAAUUUCCAAACCAUCCAGCUCGUAUAUUGUCACAUGGCUAGAUCAGGGUAGUAAGAACAGUGGCAAACGGCCGCUGUACGUUGCCACUGCAGCCCUGCCAGCUAAGAUGGGAGGUUGAAAAGGAUGGUGCAGGUUAUUGGAACAAGCAUGCAAGGUGCAGCGACAUGGACCGACGAUUUGGAAAGGGAAGAAUAGAAGUACGCUAUCGUCUUGGUCUGGAAUAACUCCAGUUGCUAGCAGUAUGUGCCAUCCUGAGUCCUGACCACCCAAAACCAACCAAAAACUUUGGUCAAUCGCAGCAUUCGAGCCCGUCCAAAUAAAGGCGGGAUAAGUGACUGGACUGAUACGCAGUCAUGUCUUGUGCUCUUAUCUCAGCAACUUUUUCAGGACAUCCUGAUUAUGAGUUGUUUACGGUGAUCCGUUGGUGGUAGGAUGGAUCCCGUGUCUCCAGUUCACGGCAGCAUGACUGGGACCUGUGCGAAGCAGGGAUGCCGUGAAGAUUCUCCAGAGGUGGUCCUGGGCUCAUGGCUUCCAUGGACACAGCGAGGACGAUGAUGGUGGAUCAGAAGCUUUGGAAGGACGGCGGGAUGCCGGGAUAUUCUUUCUUGGAGCAAUUCGGUAAUGCAGAGGAAUGGGAUCACGCCUCUAAUGCCAGCGUUUCGUCCUCGAAGAAUACUAGCAGUCUUUCUUAUAG